CGCUCUAUGCCACUCCCUUCCAGGUGAAGUGGUAAAAGAGAGUUCCUUCCUUCGCGCUGCUUACCUAUGAAACAAACGAAAACACUUUAAAACCCUUCCAAACGCUUCAUUUAGACGGCUGUUCGGCAAUUCAACAGUCCCAAACGACCGAAAUAACUAUAAAAACAGCUUGGAGAUGGAGGCAGCGCCGGGCGGUCUCGGGCGCUGCUCUUGCGCGUUCUGGCUCGCGGUGGCUUUCGACGUAUUUGGACUCAUCAUUUUAUUGCUUGGCGUGUUUGGAGAUUUGUUUUACUAUGACUUUUUGAUAUAUGCAGGCGCCAUCAUCAUUUUCCUGAGUCUCAUCUGGUGGGUUUUCUGGUACACGGGUAAUAUUGAGGUGCCCCCCGAGGAGCUUGAGGAUGAUGUGGGUUUGCUGAAGAAGGGCAGAGGUUUGGCAGGGGUUGUCAGGAGGUUCUCCAGUCGCCUCUCGAGCGGAAUCAGAAGCUCUUUCAGGAGAAAUGAGGGAACCCGAGGUCAAGGGUCAGCUCCCCGUCAAGCAAAGCUCAGAAGAGAAGGCGGUCAAGUACCAGUGGCUUUUGCAAUGACCUCUCAGGAUAAUGUGAGCACUGUGUCUGCGGCAGUGACAGAAACACACGUCAUAUGAACCAUCAGGAAUAGCUACAGGUUACAGAAGAGGAUAUUCAACCAUAUGGCAUUGAAGCAGAGUUUGGUUUUUCUCUCCUGUUGAAACAUUCAUUUUUUUGACUUAGGCGUUUUUAUUGAAAAUGUUUACAA